CGCGCUCGCACUUCGUCUUCCACGACGCCGGCGGAGGGAGCCCCGCCGUGCAGGCCGCACUGGAGUCGUGGAUGCGCGGCGGACACGCGCCACCGCGUGGGCAGAUCAAAACUCGGGGGCGUCAUGGCUAGAGGCUCGGGGCAGGACCGCUCCAAGGCAGAGGGCCGGCACGGGCUGAGGCGGCACAUCACGUCGGAGGCGAGGAAGAAGGAUGGGCGUGGGGCUGUGCAGUGGGAGCUCGCCGGACUGGAUGUGAAGAGCAGCAACUGCAGUACUGGAGAUGGGAUAAAGAUCAUUGUGGGGAAGACGCCACGCCAGGUCGGACCUCUCGAGCAAAGUCAGUUGCCACGUUGGCCCAAUCACUGGACCCCUUUGUCAGUUUCGUGAUUAUUCGCUAACAACUGAGACACAAGUUUUGGGGCUAGGAUUUCACGGAGACACAAGUUUUAGGGUUUGCAACAAAAAAUCACAGGUUUUGAGCCUAAUUGUUUCAGAAACCCAAAUCACCCGUAUUAGACACUUUGACAGCGAAACCGACGGACAUGGUCCACUAGUAAGUCGCCAUGCUGGUAGUUUUUGUCUAUCCUAUAUUCCUAUAGCCCCCUCGUCUUCUCUGUAUUCACAAACUUAUCCCUACUCCUUCCUCUCUGCCACUUGACGUACUCCCCAUCCUCGUGGCCGCAUCCAAGCCCAGCCUCAUCCUGGUCGCCAUGAUCCAAGGAUCCCGUUGCUUCGGGCACGUCGUACGCGGCCUAGCCUCCCCCUGCCCCAGCCCCGCGCCCUUGCCCUCGUGCCGCUUUCCCCCGCCGGAGCCCGGCCGCGCCUCUGCCCCCGCCACGCGCCGUUGCCCUCGCGCCGCCUCCGCCUGCCCCUGCCAGAGACCGGUCGCGCCCCUGCCCCCGCCCCGCGCACCUGCCCUGCGCCCUUGCCCUCGUGCUGCCUCCGCCUGUCCCCGCCGGAGACCGGCCACGCGCCGGCGCCCCACCCUUGCCCGGCGCGCCUCCGCCUGCCCCCGCCCGCCGACGGCGACUCGCCCCAGUCCCGGCCCGCCUUCGCCUGCCCCAGCCCGCUGCUGGAGACCGUCUGACGUGGAUUUUUUUGUUUUUUUAGAUGUGAUUUGGAGUUGGAUGUAAAUACAAACUAAGAUGAGGGGUUGGGGAAAAGAGAGAUCGUCUGACGUGGCGACUUACUAGUGGGCCAUAUCUGUCGGUUUCGCUGUCAAAGUGUCUAAUCCGGGUGAUUUGGGUUUUCUGAAACAAUUAGGCCCAAAAACUGUGGUUUUCUGUUGCAAAUCCCAAAACUUGUGUCUCCGUGAAACCCUAGCCCCAAAACCUGUAAUUUUAUGAAAUUUACUCUAACUAUAUAUAUUUAUUUAUUUUAUAAGUUUGACAAUACAUUUUAGAGUGUUUUACAUAUGCUCAUCGUCCAGUGCAUUUGACCUCUGACGCACGCAAGUCACAUAAUAAAAUGUAGUCAGUGCAGCAGCAUAAUGACCCUGACGCUUUGCUUCCAACAAGUGUCAGAGGUCUUCCAAACUAAACCACUGACACUUCUAUGGUACCAAGUGUCAGAGCUGUGAAACACUCUACUGACGUGUCGCAAGUAAACAAGCGUCAACAGUGCGCACGCGUUAGAGGUGUACAAAACUUAUCUGACGCUUUCUUGCGACGGAAUGUCAGAUUUGUUUAUUGCCACGUCCUCCCAGUUGCUACCUUUGACACGCUUUAUAAGACGUGUCACAGGUGUGCAUCUGGCCCGGUGCUUUUUAUUACAGCGUCAGGGAUCGAAAUAAGCAGAAGAAGCCUUGAGGCAUGGAGCGCGAAGAUUAAACAAGUCAUGAUGGAAGUAUUCUCAAGGCGGCAAGAAUGGGCGCCAGUGAAUAGAGGAAUUGCAUGUGUUUGAUUGCGUCGAAAGAAAGGAUUGUGUCGGUUAUUUUGCGUCGUUAGCUGUUAAAGCUCUUGGGUGAUAUCCAGAGUUCUGUAAUAGCUUGACCUGAACUGAUGUUGUUGGUCUGGAUUUCUUUUGUUACCUUUUGUUAUAACUCUGUAUUGGACCACGAUUCCAGACGGCAAUUCGAUUGACUUCCAAACAACGGAAUUGAGGCAGGCCAAUACCAAUUCCCGAUUCUACGCCUCAAUUCCAACAUCCAAACAGAGUGUAAUAGAAAUCGACUGAAGGAGCCUAUUGUUUCGAGAGAAAAAAUUACUCACUCUCCCCUGUAAAUUAGUGGAGUAUUAAUUUCUUUCCUUUUUUUUUCGGGGAAGUAUUAAUUUCACUCCUUUUCUUUGCGGGUAAGUAUUAAUUUCUUUCCAGUAGUUGCUGAUCCGGCCGUUUCUUCUCAUCAGGCAUAAAUACACGCAGCCGGCCGGUCGAUGACACGGUGACCAUGAGGAUGGCGACGCAACAGUUGGCCUUAGUAUUCCUCUUCUUUCUCCUCCACCUCGCGGCGGGUGAAGGCGCCACGAGCGCUCCAUCGGCCAUCAUCUCCAAGACGUGCGCCAGAGCGUCCAACUUCACCACGUCCAUUGGCUACGACUACUGCGUGGACGUGCUGAUGGCGGCCGCCAACAGCACCCGCGCGCUGCCGUCGUCGCCACGAAGCUUGCGCUAGACAACGUCAAGUCGACGCCUCGACGGUGCUGGUGCUGGAGAACCUUGUCUACAACAUCGCGAGGUGCCGGGGCAACUAUGGCAGGAUGAACUACACGGUGACGACGGCGCUAGAGGACAUCCGCGCUGGACACGCUAAGGCGGCGGCUGGCAAAUUCUCCCGUGCCGCUGCCGAGCCCGGCAUGUGUGACUCGGCCUUGUCCAAGGGGAGCGCCAAGAAGAACCCGAUGAGAAAGGAGAACCGCGACGCCGGGUCCCUGUCCUACACGGCGUACGGCAUCACCAUGGAGGCGUUGCACGCUACGCCCCUCGCCGCGCCAUCGGCGGCCAUCACGAAGGCAUGCGCUGGGCUGUCAAACUUCACGAGGCACGCGGACUACGGCUUCUGCGUGGGCGCGCUCGCGGCGGACCCGGCGGCCGGCACCGCCAAGGAUGCCCGUGCGCUGGCCAUCGUCGCGGCGAACCUCACCGCGACCAACGUCUCGUCGACGCUGCUCGUGCUCAACGGCCUCCUCGACAACCUCUCUCAUUGCCGGAGCACCUACAAGGACAUGAGCAAGACGUUGGCGGCCGCGGCGUCCGAAAUGCUCCUAUAUGCUUCCCCCAAGCCCCAGUUGGAUUGUGAUCUGCUAUUGUUCGAGGCGAGCCCCAAGGGGGACCCGAUAAUGAAGGAAAACGACGAUGCCAAGAACCUGUCUGACUUGGCAUCCGUCAUCGCCAUGCUAGCUGGGUCCAAAAAUCAAGUUUGAUUCUCCGGUUCUUUCGUUCGUAGAUGAGAACUUUUACAGUCCAUCGACAUUGAAUGGUUGCUAAAUUUGUGGCAUCAAAUUGCUCUCGAGCUGGUAAAUGGAAAUUUCGGCUGCGCGCGCUGGCAUCAAA